AAACAGAUCAUUAAAGGGGCUUGGGUUAGGAUGUUGGUGGUGAUGACAACCAGAUGCCAUUAUGUUCUGUGAGAAACCGACUGAGAAGCGGGAGAAGAGCCCCUGUCGCUGCAAGAACUGUGUACUGAGGCACUCCGAUUUCCUUCCCUGGCCGGAGCCCAUUGGAUUCACGUCUGAUCGCAAAACUGAUAAGGACAACAACAAUCACAUUUCCACACUUCAAUCAGUCGAAAGUGUGGUUACCAUUUCCGAUGUGAAUGAAAGGCAUACCACCAAUCAUUACAAAAAUCACCAAAGUAAUCCAGAUGAAAUAGCUUAUACCCCAAACCGAAGUGGGGUCAGCAGUCCAGUUAACGAUGGGGCUUCUUCUCCCACUCAGCGCGGUGGCACUACUCCAGCUCCCCAGGGGGGCAAGGGAGGGAAUUCACCAUCGCGGGUUACAGCACAGCCUCAAGCUCAACCCACCAUCCUGCUGAUCGUAGUCAACAAGAACGAUCCACCACCGUAUGGCCAAGGACAAAGUUGGGAAUAUCCAGGCCAACAAUAUUCAGUUCCUGGACCCAGAGGAUAUCCAGGUCCCGGACCCAGAGGAUAUCCAGGACCCGGACCCAGAGGAUAUCCAGGUCGUGGACCCAGGGGAUAUCCCGGUCCGGGACCCAGAGGAUAUCCUGGUCAGGGACCCAGAAGAUAUUCUUGUCCGGGACCCAGAGGAUAUCCCGGUCCGGGAUCUAGUGGUCGGCCAGAUCCGGGCGGUGGACUACAAGGCUAUUAUUACCCACCGUCCGGUCCUGGAAAUGGAACAGGACCCAGUGGAAGACCAAGACCCCAGAAUGAGAAUGAAUAUGCUUACUAUGACAGGCGCCGAUAUAGCGAAGCGUAUCAAAACAAUCGAAAUGACUGGAGGGGGCAGCCAAGAGGAUACUACGAUGGUGCCUAUGCCGAGGAACACAAUUUAAAUCGCCAACCCGAAACCCGACGAAAUUGCCAGUGCCCUGAAAAACAACAGACUCCUCCUCCGGAGGAAACACAAAAUGCCCAAGAAAAUGAUGACCAGCAAACCACGAAAAGAAAGAGUUUUAAGCGCCUGGUUGGGAUGGGAGUCGGAAAUACUUGUAGUUGUCAAGGUCCAAGCCUGAUGGGUAGUAAUCUGAGAUCUCUCGGAAACGAAAUGGACAAUCAAGAAGUGGGAAGAAGUGGAAAUAUGGGAACACCACCCAACACAAUGGAAUAUUUAUCGGAAAGAGGAAGCCCGCCGGAAAUUCGGGAAGUAACUGUGACCGAUGCCAAAAACAAGACGUACAAGUGCAUACAGGUGCCAAUUUGUAUCUCAACUGGAAAGGCGAAUACCUGUCGCUGUUGCAAAUGUGCUCCAUCUCCCGAUGCGGAAAACGAUGAAUCUUUCGACGAGGACGCGGAAUGCAUCUGCAAUCAUGAGGGCAAAUGCACCUGUGUGGCCGGGAAUGAGUUUCCCACGGAGUUUGGCUGCGAGUGCGAUCUCACCAACUUGGAGCAAACUCUUCGCGAGCUUAUACCCAACGCCGAGUGCAUAUGCUACUUGAAGAAGAAGAAGCGUCGCAGGAAGCGAAAGAAGUGGGCACCCAAAGUCUACUACGACCGGUUUGCCGGUCCUCCGUUUGUCCUAAAUCCUAAGCCAAGAUGUCUUGACUAUGGACGCAGUCCAUUUUGCAACCCGUGCUAUAAUCCCUGCAGCUGCGCACCUUUUGCAAAGAGCUGUUACACCUGCGACUACAACUGUGAAGGAUGUGGUCGCUUUUGAAAUUCUCCCCCGACGAAGUCAAAUCUCAGCCAUAACCUGUAAAGAUCCUCAACAUUUACUUAGCGGACGCCAAAAAGCUUCAUAUAAGUUGUUUUUUUUGACGCCAUCUGACACUUGUUGGAGAUCUCAGAGGAAGCUAACAAAAUAUAAAUUAUUCGGAAUUCUAAUUAAC